AGAGAGAAGCUUCUACACAAUCUCGCCGCGCUUCACUCUCCCAGUCUCCCAAGUCUCAACGCACUCCGGUCAACGCUACGGUCAAACAGAAACCAACCAGCUUUUACGUGCCUCCGAUCAUGCAGGCGUUUCAGAAAUUCAGAGUCCUAUAGCUCUGCGAUGAGUUCAGCCAUGGCGUCUUCCAUGGCCAAGAACUCCUCGCCUUUCAAGGUCGUGCUCGGAUCGUCGUCGCCGGCGCGCCGCGAGAUACUGGCGGACAUGGGAUACGAGUUCACCGUCAUGUGCGCUGACAUCGAUGAGAGGGCCAUCAGGAGGGAGAAGCCAGAGGAGCUUGUCAAGGCCCUCGCUGAAGCUAAGGCAGAGGCCAUCAAACUGAAGUUGCAUGGGGAAGACUCUGCUCAAGAGAGAGAUCAGCCUACUAUUCUGAUCACCUCUGACCAGGUCAUGGUGAGCAAAGGGAUGAUAAGGGAGAGGCCAAAAGGCCAGGAAGAAGCCAGGGAGUUCAUCAAGGGUAUAUCUAUCUCAAAUCUCUGCUUAGGAAUUGUACCAGUAAAUUUGUUGUAUUUAGCUAAAAAGUUUUGGCUGUGUGUUUCGCUGCUAUUGGUAGGGUAUUCGGGUGAUAAAGCAUUCGCAGUGAACUAUGUUCUUGUGACUAACCUAAGCAAUGGAGCUUCCAAAGGAGGAUGGGAUAUACCUGAGAUCUAUUUUCACCACAUACCAGAGGAUUUCAUCCAAAGUGUGGUGAAGGAAGGACACAUGACCUGCGUGGCUGGAGGCCUUAAGCUGACACAUCCUUCGGUGCUGCCAUUCAUCAAGCAGUUAGUGAGCAAUUCUUUCGAAACAACCACCAUUGCUAGUAUUACUACUCUUAGAACGGCCAAUCUGUACUGGACAGUGUCACUGCAACGUCUGAACAACAAUAAUAUCGAAUCCAUUGCUCUGAUUUUGAGAUUUCUUCCUAUGUUGCAUAGAUCGGCACAAUGGAUAGCGUUCGAGGACUCCCGAGGGAGCUCACUGAGAGGCUUAUUCAAGAAGUUCUUGGAGCCAAAUGAUUUGCAUCUAGAGUGUCACUUGCAACUUGCAAGAAGGGCAUUGCUAAAUGGACCGUACGACGCGCUGGUAUUGUGAAUCAGUGAAUGCUUGUUUUCUAUCGAUCCCAGUAACACGAGGGCGAUUAGCUCAAUGGGAAUUUAUCAAUUAGAGAAUUUUACGAGUGAAAACGUGCGUCUCACUUCUUUUGUAGUGUUAUAGGGUUCUUUGAUUUGAUUUUAACUACAAAACAAUCUCAAAUAACCUGUCUCCACUGUUAUCCAUGUAAAUACACUUUGAAAAAAAGUCCGAAUAACCCCUCUCCGUGGAAAACGUUGUUGAUC